UGGAGUGUCGGUGAAGUCAGUGCCGAGUCCCAGAAAAACAGAGCGGAGCCAACUGCAGCGUGUAGUGCGAGUCGGGUAGGACUCGUGCAGUCUGCUUGCCGUCCGCCCGGAGACCUGCAAGAGCAGUCCAGAGUUCCAGUUGCAGAAGACUUGACCUGUCACCACCAUGAGCUCUGAGUGUGAUGUCAGUGCUUCUAAAGCUGUGGUGAACGGGUUGGCACCAGGUAGCAACGGGCAGGACAAAGACAUGGAUCCUACAAAAAUCUGCACUGGAAAAGGAGCUGUGACUCUCCGGGCCUCAUCCUCCUCCAGGGGAAUCCUGAGCAGUAGCCCCACGAGCCCUCAGGAUACCCCAGAACCUGAAAGGAAGCCAGGUCUGGAGUCUGAGAAUUCCUCAGCAGAUGAGUGGAGGCUCUCUUCCAAGGCUGAUGCCAAUGGAAAUGCCCAGCCCUCUUCGCUCGCUGCCAAGGGCUACAGAAGUGUGCAUCCCAGUCUUCCUUCUGACAAGCCGCAGGAUUCAGGUCCUCUGCUAAAUGAAGUUUCUUCCUCACAUGUUAGAACUGAUUCCCAAACCUUUGCACCAGUUAGCAAGCCGUCAUCUGCCUACCCCUCUACGACAAUUGUCAACCCUACUAUUGUGCUCUUGCAGCACAAUCGAGAACAGCAAAAACGACUCAGUAGCCUUUCAGAUCCUGUCUCAGAAAGAAGAGUGGGAGAGCAGGUCCCAGCACCAACCCAGGAAAAACCCACCUCACCUGGCAGGGCUGCUGAACAAAGGGCAAAGGAUGACAGGCGGGUGGCUAAGAGUGCUCAGGACCUAAGCGAUGUGUCCAUGGAUGAUGUGGGCAUCCCACUCCGGAACACUGAGAGAUCGAAAGACUGGUACAAGACGAUGUUUAAGCAGAUCCACAAGCUGAACAGAGAUGAUGAUUCAGAUCUGUACUCUCCUCGAUACUCCUUUUCUGAAGACACAAAAUCGCCCCUUUCGGUGCCUCGCUCAAAAAGUGAGAUGAACUACAUUGAUGGUGAGAAGGUAGUUAAGAGGUCGGCCACACUUCCCCUCCCAGCCCGCUCUUCCUCACUGAAGUCAAGCCCAGAAAGAAACGACUGGGAGCCCCCAGAUAAGAAGGUAGAUACAAGAAAAUACCGUGCAGAGCCCAAAAGCAUUUACGAAUAUCAGCCGGGCAGGUCGUCCGUUCUGACCAAUGAAAAGAUGAGUCGGGAUAUAAGCCCAGAAGAGAUAGAUUUAAAGAAUGAACCUUGGUAUAAAUUCUUUUCGGAAUUGGAGUUUGGGAAACCGACUAAUCUAGAAAAAGAUCCCAACCUCUGCCAGACAGAGUUAGAGGCAGAUUUAGAAAAAAUGGAGACGCUUAAUAAAACACCCAGUGCAAACCUGUCACAGAUCUCAGCAGUCAGCCCCACUCCAGAAAUUUCUUCAGAGUCUCCUGGAUAUAUAUAUUCUUCCAACUUCCACGCAGUGAAGAGGGAAUCAGAUGGGGCUCCCGGGGAUCUCGCUAGCUUGGAGAAUGAGAGGCAGAUUUAUAAAAGCGUCCUGGAAGGUGGUGACAUCCCUCUCCAGGGCCUGAGCGGGCUCAAGCGACCAUCCAGCUCAGCCUCCACUAAAGUGGAUCGUAAAGGUGGGAAUGCUCACAUGAUUUCUUCAUCUUCAGCUCAUAGCCGAACAGUUAACUAUAGCAAUGCGUUAGGCCCUGGCUGUAAGCACAAGAAACCCCUGUCUGCUGCGAAAGCCUGCAUUUCAGAAAUCCUUCCGUCCAAAUUCAAACCCAGGCUCUCUGCUCCCAGCGCUCUUUUGCAGGAAAAAAAGGGAGUCCUGUUGCCAUCAGAAAAGGCUCAGAGCUGUGAGAACCUUUGUGUUUCGGUUUCUUUGAAUGAUACCAAAAGAAGCCUCCCCCUCCAAGUUGGGGGGAGCGUGGAGAAUCUGCUAGGGCGCCCCCGGCGGGAUUUUGACAGCAAGCGGAGCAGCACCAUGAGCCUGCAGGAGUCCGUCAACAGCGCAGGGAGGCCCUGCCCUCUCGUGGGAAAGGCUGGGACACAGUUCUCCAUGUUCUACCGGGACAUGCACCAAAUCAACCGCUCUGGCCUCUUCCUGGGAUCCGUCUCCUCCUCGAGUGUGCGGGACCUUGCCUCCCACUUUGAAAGGAGCAGCCUGGCAUUGGCCAGGGGUGAGCUGGGCCCCAGCCCAGAGGGCUCAGAGCACAUCCCCAAGCAUACGGUCUCCUCCCGCAUUACAGCUUUUGAGCAGCUGAUUCAGCGGUCCCGGUCCAUGCCGUCCCUAGACCUGUCUGGGAGGCUGAGCAAGUCCCCCACGCCCGUGCUGUCCCGGAGUGGCCUGACCUCGGCCCGCUCAGCCGAGUCCCUCCUGGAGUCAACCAAACUCCGGCCCAGGGUGAUGGACAGGAUGGACCCCAGGGGCGUCUGUGCCUCCCCAACUUGCAGUGAUGUGGCAGACUCCAUCCUGGGCUUUAGGGGCCUGGCACCUUCUGAGCCCCUCUCUGCCUGCUCUGACGAGCUUGACCACUGCUCGAACACGUCCAGUGACAGCAGGGAGGGCAGCAGUGGCAGCACUCACGGAGACUUCCCCAGACACCGCCUCAGCAAGUGCAAGGGCGCCUGCCCGGCCUCCUACACCCGCUUCACCACCAUCCGGAAGCACGAGCAGCAGGCCUGCAGACAGCCCGACUGGCGCCCGGAUCCCAGGGGGGACAAGAACGCGCUCCUCAGGAACAUCUACCUGAUGAGCCCCCUCCCCUUCCGGUUGAAAAAGCCCCUCCAGCACCACCCCAGGCAGCCUUCUCCCAGUGACCUCUCCGGCCCCCUGGGGGGCCAGAAGCCAGACCUCCCCAGUCAGCCCUGUCGGGACUGGCCCCCGCCGGGGCGGAAGCCCUCGGUUCCCAAACGCCUGUCCUCCCGUCACACCAUGGCCAGGCUGAGCCGCAUCUCAGAGCCCCCACGGGAGAGACCCUCGGUCUCAGAGGACUGCCUGGGGGCCUUUAAUAAUGGGAAUUCUGUGCCCUAUUCAGACCACGGCCUGGACAGGAACAACAAUCCACACAGUGAAGUGGGAGCGUGCCUCGGAGAUUCAGAAUCACCAAGACAUUUUAUACCAACCGAUUAUCUGGAGUCCACAGAAGAAUUCAUUCGGAGACGUCACGAUGAUAAAGAGAAACUUUUAGCGGACCAGAGACGACUUAAGCGCGAGCAAGAAGAGGCCGAUAUCGCAGCUCGACGCCACACGGGCGUCAUUCCGACGCACCAUCAAUUUAUCACUAAUGAGCGCUUUGGGGACCUCCUCAAUAUAGACGAUACGGCAAAAAGGAAAUCUGGGUCAGAGAUGAGACCUGCCAGAGCCAAAUUUGACUUUAAGGCUCAGACACUAAAGGAGCUUCCUCUGCAGAAGGGAGACAUCGUUUACAUUUAUAAGCAGAUCGAUCAGAACUGGUACGAAGGAGAGCACCACGGCCGGGUGGGGAUCUUCCCACGCACCUACAUCGAGCUUCUUCCUCCUGCUGAGAAGGCUCAGCCCAAGAAGUUGACACCAGUGCAGGUUUUGGAAUAUGGAGAAGCUGUUGCAAAGUUUACCUUUAAUGGUGAUACACAAGUAGAAAUGUCCUUCAGAAAGGGAGAGAGGAUCACGCUGCUCCGACAGGUGGAUGAGAACUGGUAUGAAGGGAGGAUCCCAGGGACAUCCCGGCAAGGCAUCUUCCCCAUCACCUAUGUGGAUGUGCUCAAACGGCCACUGGUGAAAAACCCCAUGGAUUACAUCGACCUGCCUUUCUCCUCCUCCCCAAGUCGUAGUGCUACUGCAAGCCCACAGUCUCCCAGUCACAGCAAGCUUAUCAUGGCAGCCCCCUUGUCUCUGCCCCACCCCCGCCGAGCACUGUCCCCCGAGAUGGAUGCUGUCACCUCAGAGUGGAUCUCGCUGACCGUGGGGAUCCCACGCAGGCGUUCUCUGGCCCUGCCCCCACCCUUGCCUCCUCUGCCGGGGGCUUCUAUCUGUAACACUGACCACACGGCCUUGUUGGCGCAGCCCAGGCCCUCCCAGCCCCUCAGGCUCCCCCAUCUGAGUUGGUCGGAUCGUUCCAUCCCCCGUUCGGGAGUUACCCCACUGGCCUUGCCUCCCCCCGACAAAGCCUACUGCCUGGCACCCAGUGUGCAGGCCUCUCUUCACAUCAACGGAGACCGCAGUGUCCGCGUGCCAUCUUCGGGAGGCCUCCAGGAUAGCUUCUCCCAGCCGCUGCUCGGGAGCUCUGACAGGGUCAUCUCAGAGCUUAAUGAUGCCUUUAGCAGCCAGGGUAGGCAGCAGCCAUGGCGAGAAGAGAGUGGACAGUAUGAGAGGAAAGCAGAGAGGGAGGCAGGUGAGAGAUGCCCUGGUGGACCCAACAUCUCUAAGAAGAGCUGCCUGAAACCUUCAGACGUGGUCAGGUGCCUGAGCACUGAACAGAGACUCUCAGAUCUCCACACCCUCGAGGAGAGCCGGCCCAGCAAGCCCCAGGGUAGCCCUUUUCCGGGAAGGGAGGCUGAGCAGACAGAGCUGCAUAGAGGUGGCGAGCAGGCUGACAGGAAGGCCGCUCGGAGUGGGAUGAGCCAGGAAGCAGUUUGCAAUGAGAUCAUAAACAUUGCCGAAAAAUCUGUUCAUUACUGCAGCACUGUUUCUCAUCCCCUUGACUUCCAUCACAAGGUAUCCCCUUCUGACAAUAAAUCAUCUUUAAUCAUUUCUCAGCAACCUCAAGCCCAGCAGCGAAGAGUCACCCCAGACAGGAGUCAAACCUCACAAGAUUUAUUUAGUUACCAAGCAUUAUAUAGCUAUAUGCCGCAGAAUGAUGAUGAGUUGGAACUUCGAGAUGGAGAUAUUGUUGAUGUCAUGGAAAAAUGUGAUGAUGGGUGGUUUGUUGGUACUUCAAGAAGGACAAGGCAGUUUGGUACUUUUCCAGGCAACUAUGUAAAGCCUUUAUAUCUGUAAGAAGAGUGAAAAACAGAUUAUUUCUACUGGAGGAUGGAGCAGAAUUCACAAACCAGUCUCUUUAUUUAAAUGUUGAGUCAGUAGGAAAACUAAUGCAGUGGAUACAAUAAGAAGCAAAAGAAAGGGACAGAGAAGUGUUGUGUCUAAAACCUGAGCCUGCCUAAGCUUGCUGUGUGUCAGACAGGGCUGAACCAUGUGCUGAGCACAAAGGAAUGAGGCAAAUCUGUAUUUACUUAGUGCUUCUGGGAGCCACUCCAGCCUUGCCCUCCUCUCCCCUCUUGGGUAAUCUGACCUGCAGCACAGCCCAGGAGCAGUUAGGCCAGAAAUGCUUCUUGCUGCCCCAGCCUUGACCAGCUGUGGCUCCAGAACGUUUAGCAUGAAUCCACCCUCGGAGUGCCAGGCAGAUCCCCAGCCACCCUGGAGCCUGCUGACCCCCCAAAAACUGCUGGAGAUCAGUCUGGGCUGCCAGGCCAUCCCUAGACAGUGGUGGAGGCUCCCAAACUACCCAAGACCAAGUCCCUCACUUGUCCCGCUGAGGUACAUGGGGAAAUGGAGGCAAGACUUAGGUGCCCUCUGCAUUCACUUCUGCCAGAGAAGCACACAAGGUUUGCCAUGGCAGCAGGAUGGCCAGGCAGAUAGUUCAUUGUGGUUCCCGGGGAUCCUGUGCCUCUGGAGGUCAUGUGCAGUAUGGUCCUUUUCCACAUCGCUGGCUUUUAGCAAGUCGCCUUCGGGGCAGCAGUUUCAUUUAUCAGAAUGCCACUGUUAACCUUUCUUUCCUGGACUGUUUUUGACCAGGGUAGUUUGGGUUUGGUAGGUCUAUUCUCACUGAGAACCAAGAGUAGUGUUCAGUGAUUUAUUUACCAUACACUGACAUACACAGAGGCCAGGCCUACCGAUGAGCAAGACGUACUCCAAGCCUUAGGAGGUACCCUCCAUGUCUCCAUUUUUACUCCCCAUAGGAGUUCAAGGACCGCUCAAAAUAUAGUCACCCAGGGUUAUGGAUCCUGAUGCCCCUGGGGAGGCAUCUCUUCAGAGCGGAAGAGGCAGCAGCAGUGGCCCUAAGCGGGAGGCAUUGAUUCUGCCACUCCCUAGAGGUCUUUUUCGUGGGUCCCAGAUCUGAGGAGGGAGGCCCCUUUGACACCUGGAGUGUUCAGGCACAGCUCUCUCCAGUUCCAGGAUGUUUCUCAGCCUCUUGGUUAGACUCUUUGGGGAAAUAAAGAUAGAAAUGACCUGUUCCCUGCUUGCUGGGGACUCUAGUGAUUGGGGAGGCAGACACCCAAAAAAAUACUGAAUCAAGAGAGACUGUGAUACGUGCUAAGAAGGGCGUGAGAGAGGAAGAGAUGAAUUUCCCCUGGAUGGAUCCUAGAAAGCAUUGUCAUAUUUCUGUCUCCAUUAGCUCACUUCUGAACAAUGAUGGUGCUGGAAGAACCUUUAUCCAAGGGUAGUGGUUUAUGGCUGGAGAUACUUGGAACUGUUUCCAGAAUGUUUAAACUUUCAUCCUCCCCACAAAUAUACAGCCAAGGUCACAAAAACAAGAGUAGCAAUCCUAGGUAGUAGGGUGUGUUCAGGAUCCCUGGCUUUACAUUAGCUCAGAAUUGCCCUAGGACUACUGUCCCAAAGUCUGGAGUUAUUAUAAGUAGGCAUAGUUUGUCUUCAGUGAGUCAGCUUCUGUCCCCUGCUACUCUUAGUAUCCAAUCUGCUGCCCACCCGCCAUCAGCCAGCCAGAGUACCCUCACUCUCUCCCUGUCCUGCUUUCAAAUCCUGCUCUCAGGAAAGAAACUGCCACUGAGCCCUUCACACUGAAGUGACCAUAAGAAGACAUUUGUUUUUAAUUAGGACAGAGCAGAGCCUUAAUCCCAAGGGAAAAAAAGGCUGAGGAACUUGGGUGUGGUGUAGGGUAGAGGUCGGGGUGGAGGAGCUUCCUGAAUAGCAAGGGCCUUCUUAUUGUCCCUUAGAAUAAGACUCAUUGCCUUCGAAAGUCCACUUCACCAUUUAAGGCACUGGUUUUUUGAUUCACACUCUCUCUCUCUGAGGGCAUAUACUCCAAGUACAUUUGCAUGUGCGUUUUGCACAGCAGCAUUUCACCCACUUUGGAAUGUAAUUCUUGUAUUGGCUAAUGUGUUUCUUGGUCUUUCUUAGAUGCAAACUAUUAGGAACACAAUCUUAUCUAAUAGUUUUUUGAGGGGUGCUUCUUGAUUAAGUAGGUAAUUUUGAACACCUCUUUAAAUACAGCUAGAAAAUAAAACCAAUUUGUAAAGCCACAUUUGCAUAUGAUGCCAGCCUCACGCAUUUGUAUAUCUUCAGAAACCCAGGUAUGCCUCACCAAUUUGCCCGUCUUUAAUAAAAACUUGCAUUAAACUUCAGCUUCCUAUGUAUUAGAAAACAAGAAACAAAGGUUUCCAAAUGCUCUUUUGUCUUCAGACAUUUAGUAAUAUAAAAUACCUAUUUUUAUGCUGAGAUGUUUAUACAGGUUUAUUAAUAGCAAAUGCAACUAACUGGCACCAUGAUUUGCAACACAUUUUGAUAUAUUUGCCAUGCUUCUGGGUCAAGGCAAGCCCCAAACUACUUAUCUUUUGCAGUCUCUCUGGGAUCAGUGAAAGAAAAAAAAAAUCACAUGCUUAAGAAGUGGGACUGUAAAUAUGUAUAUUUAACUUUGUAUAGCCCAUGUACCUACUUUGUAUAGAAAAAGUAAUUUUAAAAAUUUGAACUUAAGUGGGGUAAAAAAAGGAAGUCAUGAAGUUUUUUGCAUUUUUAUUUAAAUGAAGGAAUUCCAAAUAACUCACCUACAGAUUUUUAGCACAAAAAUAGCCACUGUAAAGUGUUAAAAUUUUAAGUAUUCUUCCUGGGAGAGGAGGUAACUGAUAUCUCAGCUACAGUUUUUUUAUUUUGUUUUUGAUUUUUUUUUUUGUAGUCCUAUUUAUCUACAGUAGCAUUAAGUUCUGUUGCUAGAAUGGGUUACUACAAAGAUUAUAUUCUGAAAGAAAAGUAACUGAAUUAUAUAUAACCAAUUAAUUUAAAGUAUUGCCAUUUAAAUUACACACCAAGAGCAUGUACUGUGCAGACACAGAUUUUUCUGCUCAUUUAUUUUUCUUUUUGCAGUGGGUUGAUUUGAUAAAGAGAUGUGUUGAAUUACACAUUUGCUGUACAUAUUAUUUAAUAAACAUUAUUCAGAAUUGC